AUGACCGUCACUCGGGAAAAUAUCCUCAUUUCAGAUCCAAAAUUGCUUGAAAAGGUUGACAAGCUUCGCGACUUAAACAUUGGUCAGCACGUGCCUCUCCCUCAGCUUGUUGUAGUUGGAGACCAAAGCUCUGGCAAAUCAGCCCUGCUGGAAAGCUUGAGUGGGAUUCCAUUCCCUAAAGAUCAAAGUCUUUGCACCCGUCAUGCAACUCAGAUCACUUCACGCCGGGACAAUGAAGACCGCGUUGAUAUACGCAUUAUUCCUAGUCCGCACGCAUCAGAAGAGCACAGAAAGUAUGUCGAGGCAUUCCAUAUGCAGGUGACAUCUGGCAUGAAAUUUCGGGAGCAGUUCGUGGACAUCUUGAAGAAGGCAAGUGAAAGGAUGGGGUUAAGUGCUGAUAUUUCGACUGGGAACGGCACCGUGUUUAGCCAGGAUAUUCUCAAGAUCGAGGUCCGUGGGCCUCGUGAAGACUAUCUGACCAUCAUCGACGUCCCAGGAAUCUUUCGCACCACAACCCUAGGAACUACCAAGGACGAUAUGGUCAUGGUGAGAGACCUGGUCAAAAGCUAUAUCAAAGAGGAUCGUACCAUCAUCCUAGCCGUACUGCCAAGCAAUGUUGAUAUUGCGACUCAAGAGAUCCUGGAGCUUGCCGAGGAUUACGACAAAAACGGUGAGCGAACCCUCGGUGUGCUCACCAAGCCCGACUUAGUUCUGGAACCCAGUGCACAGGCUACCGUCUGUGACCUUGUGCUGGGCAAGAAACGUCCACUCACUCUCGGCUACUUUCUUGUUCGCAAUCGUGGAGCAACUAGUGGCUCAAUUGAGCAGUCAGAACUUGACCGGAUGUUCCAAAUGCAACCAUGGGCAGAUCUCCCACAGGAUCGUGUAGGUAUUGCUGCCCUCAAGGAGCAGUUGGGUUCGCUCUUGGUAGAAAUUACUCGACGUGAGUUUCCCAAGUUGCUCAGGGAAGUCGGCGAUCAGAUCAGGGAAUGCAAAAGAGAACUACACAGCCUAGGGCCAUCUCGUCAAGACGAGCGCGAGCAACGAAGCUUCCUGAAUCAUAUUGCUGGGACUUUCCAAGAUCGCGCCAGGGCUGCAUUGGCCGCUGACUACAACGCGGACCCAGCCUUCGAUCAAGAUGAUGAGUUGCGUCUCAUCACACACGUGGUGAACAUUACGGAUGUUUUCAGUGCCGAUUUUCAACAGGGCGCCCAUUCGCGACACUUUGAGAAUAUCGAAUUGGCUGAACUUGAAUCGCUCAUACAUUGUGAGGUGGCUUCUGCACCCGAGUGUGAAGAAAAACCAGUCGAGUCGAUGAUCGAUAGCCUACGAGCGCUGCUUAAAAAGGCAAAGGUAGAUAGUGUCACGCCAGCCGAACUUGCUGAACUCAGCGAGGUCAUCGUUCUUCCACAUACCAUACCAACGCCUUGUGAGGGCGUUGCUGCAUGGAUCAAUGAGGUAUAUCUGCGCUCUAGGGGGAUGGAUCUUGGGACAUUCAACGCGAACAUGGUCUCUACGGCCUUUACAGAGCAGUCACGCAAGUGGGGCGAUAUGACAAAGCUAUAUAUGAGCAGAGUUAUCAUUACCCUUCACCGCUUCAUCGCUGCUGCACUCCGUUCUGUCUGUCCAGAUGAACAAGCCCGGAGCCAGUUAUGGUCCGCAAUCCUUGAGACCCUAAUCGACCGCUACAAAGGGGCCAUGGCCCAGGCGUGUCUCCUGACCGAAGUUGAGCAGCGCAAGCAGCCUUACACUCUCAACCGGCAAUUUACCAAGGCUCUCUCGAAAGCUCGAGCUUAUCGAAUCACUGAGCUGCUACGUCCAAAGGCAAGAAAGGACACCAAGCAGUACGGAGAGCUUCAGUACAUGGUUAAUUUAGACGACAUUGCCAACGCUGCCGAAGGCAAGCGCAAUGUGGAUCAAUUGCAGGAAGAAAUUCAUGAUAUCCUUCGGGCUUACUAUAGCCUGGCGCUUGACCGAUUCAUCGAUAAUGUCUUUCAACUAGCUGUUGACUACAACCUGCUGCAUGGCCCCUCCAGUCCCCUGAAAGUUUUCACCCAAGACUGGGUGAUUGAUCUAGAACCUGAGCAGCUCGAGCAAAUCGUCGGCGAAACAAAAGCUGCCAAGAGGCGACGUGCAAAGCUAGCAAAGAAGAUUGACGAUUUGUCGAAUGCCUUGAGGAUCCUUAAACUCUAG